CCUCGGCCGCGCGCAUCUCAUUCCAGCCCUCAUUCCUCACAUUCCAGGCUUCCUCCUUUCAAACCCCAGGCCGGGGGCGGGGAGGGCCCGCAGCUCCCGGCUCCGCCGUGCGGCCGCGUCCCCCAGGUCCAACGGGCGCUCCUCCAAGCGGAGCCUUGGAGGGCACGGCCGGCACCAUUACCUCCAACGAGUGGAGCUCUCCCAACUCCCCCGAGGGGAGCAACGUCUCUGGGGGCAGCCAGGCCUUGGACAAGCCCAUCGACAAUGACGCGGAGGGCGUGUGGAGCCCCGACAUCGAGCAGAGCUUCCAGGAGGCCCUGGCCAUCUACCCGCCCUGCGGUCGGCGCAAGAUCAUCCUCUCAGACGAAGGCAAGAUGUAUGGUCGGAAUGAGCUGAUCGCCCGCUACAUCAAGCUGCGGACAGGGAAGACCCGCACCAGGAAGCAGGUGUCCAGCCACAUCCAGGUUCUGGCUCGGCGCAAAGCCCGCGAGAUCCAGGCCAAGCUGAAGGAUCAGGCAGCUAAGGACAAGGCCCUGCAGAGCAUGGCUGCCAUGUCGUCCGCCCAGAUCAUCUCUGCCACAGCCUUCCACAGUAAAAUGGCCCUCACCCGGGGCCCAGGCUACCCGGCGGUCUCAGGGUUUUGGCAAGGAGCUUUGCCGGGCCACGCCGGAACGUCCCACGAUGUGAAACCUUUCUCUCAGCAAACCUACACUGUCCAGCCGUCACUGCCUCUGCCAGGGUUCGAGUCUCCCGCAGGAGCCUCCCCGUCGCCCUCCGCGCCCCCAGCACCCCCGUGGCAGGGCCGCAGCGUGGCCAGCCCCAAGCUCUGGAUGCUGGAGUUUUCUGCCUUCCUGGAGCGGCAGCAAGACCCCGAAACGUACAAUAAGCACCUGUUCGUGCACAUCGGCCAGUCGAGCCCCAGCUACAGCGACCCCUACCUCGAAGCCGUGGACAUCCGCCAGAUUUACGACAAGUUCCCCGAGAGGAAGGGUGGUCUCAAGGAGCUCUUUGAACGGGGACCCUCCAACGCCUUUUUCCUCGUGAAGUUCUGGCACCAGCUCACCUGUUCUACCUGCUCCCCCAAAAGUCACACACUCCAUGAGAGCAGAGACAACACUGCAGCCUCUUUGGGCGCCCCCUGUCCUGGCCAUGCUGGGCCAGGCAGGAUAAACGGGCAACGGAGCGACUGGAAGGACCAGGCAGACCUCAACACCAACAUCGAGGACGAAGGCAGCUCCUUCUACGGGGUGUCCAGCCAGUACGAGAGUCCUGAGAACAUGACCAUCACCUGCUCCACCAAGGUCUGCUCCUUUGGCAAGCAGGUGGUGGAGAAACUGGAGACUGAGUACGCGCGCUACGAGAACGGCCACUACUCCUACCGCAUCCACCGCUCGCCGCUCUGCGAGUACAUGAUCAACUUCAUCCACAAGCUGAAGCACCUGCCCGAGAAGUACAUGAUGAACAGCGUGCUGGAGAACUUCACCAUCCUGCAGGUGGUCACCAACAGAGACACGCAGGAGACGCUGCUGUGCGUCGCGUACGUCUUCGAGGUGUCGGCCAGCGAGCACGGGGCUCAGCACCACAUCUACCGGCUGGUGAAGGAAUAAGAGACCGGGGAGCAGGGAGGGGGGCAAGACAUCGUGUGCGCAGGGACGCGGGGUGGGGACCCGCGGGGGCAGCCCCCCCCGAGCGCCAGGAGAGUGGAGGUCAUGACUCUUCUACCAGGAACGUGAACCCGCAGUGCCUAAGCCCAAUAAACGCAAGACCUGGGCACCUUC